AUGACUGGUCAAUCAAAACCUGUGCGCCUUUCUCCCUGGGGCAGCGCCGUUGCAGGCGCAACUGGCGGAGUCCUGGCCAAUGCGAUCGUAUAUCCACUUGACCUGAUCAAGACAAAAUUGCAAGUCCAGGGAAAGCAAAUAGACGGAGCCGAGCAUCAAGGCAUCGACGAUCACUAUGAGUCGACCAUUGACGCUCUUGUCAAGAUCGCGGAGAAGGAAGGGGUGAGCGGUCUAUAUUCUGGGAUUGCAGGGUCACUUCUGGGAGUUGCCUCCACCAAUUUUGCCUACUUUUACUGGUACAGCGUCGUCCGCACUCUCUACAUGGCCUCGCACCGAACACCGAAGCCCCCCGGCACCGUCAUCGAGCUUAGCCUGGGUGCCGUCGCCGGCGCCGUGGCUCAGAUUUUCACCAUCCCAGUGGCCGUCAUCACCACCAGACAGCAAACACAGCCAAAAGGGGAUAAGAAGGGAUUGGUCGAGACCGGCCGUGAGGUGGUCGACAGCGAGGACGGCUGGUCCGGCCUGUGGCGAGGCCUGAAGGCCAGCUUGAUUCUGGUUGUCAAUCCCGCCAUCACCUAUGGAGCAUAUCAGCGACUGAAGGAUAUCUUUUUCACGGGAAAAAAUAACCUCAAGCCGUGGGAGGCCUUCUUCCUUGGUGCCAUGUCCAAGGCGCUGGCGACCAUUGCAACCCAGCCUUUGAUUGUUGCUAAAGUUGGCCUGCAAUCUCGCCCGCCUCCAAGUCGGCAGGGCAAGCCCUUCAAGACCUUUGGCGAGGUCAUGAAGCACAUCAUCGAUAACGAGGGUCUCAUGUCCCUCUUCAAGGGCAUUGGUCCCCAGAUUUUGAAGGGUCUUUUGGUGCAAGGUCUGCUGAUGAUGACCAAGGAGAGAAUGGAACUCGCUUUCAUCGCCCUGUUUGCCACUGUUCGGAAGGUCAAGAAGGACAAGCUGCAAAAGGCCGUCGACGCUGCCGCGUCUACGGCCAAGACCAGCAUGCCAGCGACGUUGAAAUAA